ACUGAGGCAGGGGUCAGCUGAAAGACAAAGAAAAAUGGCGAAUAGUUUGCUGGGGGGUGGGGGGACAGCUGUUCGGGUUUUCACUGGAGUGGACAUUCCAGACUCAGGUUUCUGCAUCUCCUGCUGCCUUUUGUUUCCUCCGUCCUUUUGGGGGGGAGGGCUAGGAGUGACUUAAAUUCUCCCUGUCCGAGGAGAUAUAAAUAACUACAUGUAAAAUUAAUGCAGUUCCCGUUGUCAGAAUGUCCACAGAAGGAGGAUUUGGUGGCACUAGCAGCAGUGAUGCCCAGCAAAGCCUCCAGUCCUUCUGGCCUCGUGUCAUGGAAGAAAUCCGGAAUUUAACAGUGAAAGAUUUCCGAGUACAAGAACUCCCACUGGCUCGUAUUAAGAAGAUCAUGAAACUGGAUGAAGACGUGAAGAUGAUCAGUGCAGAAGCCCCUGUGCUCUUUGCCAAGGCAGCCCAGAUUUUUAUCACAGAGUUGACUCUUCGAGCCUGGAUCCACACGGAGGAUAACAAGCGCCGGACUCUACAGAGGAAUGAUAUCGCCAUGGCAAUUACAAAAUUUGAUCAGUUUGACUUUCUCAUCGAUAUUGUUCCAAGAGAUGAACUGAAACCUCCAAAGCGUCAGGAGGAGGUGCGCCAGUCCGUGACUCCCGCCGAGCCCGUCCAGUACUACUUCACACUGGCUCAGCAGCCCGCUGCCGUGCAAGUCCAGGGGCAGCAGCAGGGCCAGCAGACCACCAGCUCCACGACCACCAUCCAGCCUGGGCAGAUCAUCAUCGCGCAGCCUCAGCAGGGCCAGACCACACCUGUGACCAUGCAGGUUGGAGAAGGUCAGCAGGUGCAGAUUGUCCAGGCUCAGCCACAGGGUCAAGCCCAGCAGGCCCAGAGCAGCACCGGACAGACCAUGCAGGUGAUGCAGCAGAUCAUCACAAACACAGGAGAGAUCCAGCAGAUCCCGGUGCAGCUGAAUGCCGGCCAGCUACAGUACAUUCGCUUAGCCCAGCCUGUAUCAGGCACCCAAGUCGUGCAGGGACAGAUCCAGACACUUGCCACCAGCGCUCCACAGAUCACGCAGACAGAGGUGCAGCAAGGACAGCAGCAGUUCAGCCAGUUCACGGACGGACAGAGGAACAGCGUGCAGCCAGCCCGAGGCUCUGAGCUAACGGGAGAGGCAGAGCCCAGAGAAGUGAAAGCCACGGGAAAUGCAACUCCCUGCACCUCUUCCCCGCCCACCACACACACCCCCUCACACCGGGCCGGAGCCUCCUGUGUCUGCUGCGCCCAGCCCCCGCAGAGCCCCACUCCCCCUCCUCCCUCCGACGCCUUACAGUGGGUGGUGGUCGAGGUGUCCGGGGCCCCCAGCCAACUCGAGGCCCAUAGGGAGCUGCAUGCCCCUCUCCCGGGGGUGACCUCACUCUCUCCUCUCCACCCCUCGCAGCAGCUCUACCAGAUCCAGCAAGUCACCAUGCCCGCCGGCCAGGACCUCGCCCAGCCCAUGUUCAUCCAGUCAGCCAACCAGCCCUCCGACGGGCAGGCCCCCCAGGUGACCGGCGACUGAGGGCCUGAGCUGGCAAGGCCACGGACGCCCAACACAAUUUUUGCCAUACAGCUCCGGGCGAUGGGUACAGCCUCCCUCCCCAGAGGACCCGGCCGACCUCCGCGCCUCCUACAGGCUAGGACACUGGUGCACUGCGCCCCACGCUGGAGGCCGAGAUUCUCCAACAGAAAGAUGCAAUAUUUUUUUUUCCUUUUUCUCCAUUUUUUCUCCGAGGAAUCAAUAUUUCAGUAUGUUGAGCUGUGUGUCCAAUGCUAUGAAAUGAAUAUUAAAUAACAUAUUUAUGGCAUUUUCUUGAAGAGUGUGGUUGAAGAAAUAUUUCUUUUGUUUUCCUUUUUUUUUUGAUUCUUACCGCCACUUCUUUCCAGGAGCACAUCUCCUCAGGGGGGUAUGUUAUCUCCUGAGUCUCGGAGCAGCUGCGGCCCUAGGAUUUGCCACCUUGUUCUGCCCGCAGAUUGAAUUAGGUGACCACGUAGCUUCUUUCUCACUAGUGGUCCUCUUCCUCGUGACCCUGUGCUCGUCCCAGAGCUUUGUGUGUUUGCACCCAGAGGCUGUGGAAACAUUCCUUGCGUUUAAGAGGUGAACUCAUUUGCCAUGGAGAGUGGAUGGUUUCAUUUCCAAACCCUUCUCUCCCAGGGACCCAAGGAGACUAGAACUUUGUGCAUUUGCCCACCUCCACCCUCCAUUUUUUAUCUUUAAAAUGCAUUAAAAAUUGUGCUAGUCUCCUUUGCUGCAUGGACUUCAAACUGCAUGAAAUGCAAUAAAUCUCAUUUUAGAUAA